AUGUCUGUAGCACUAAAUAUUCAGGGCCCUUCACGUAGUCCUUCACAUAGUCCAAGCGGUAGUACUGUUGAUCAGUGGCUGCACUCCAGGAGGACUGAAAGUAGGGAACUCGACAAAGUUUCCGACCAACUGAUGGGGCCAAUGAUUCCAAGGGUUCCAUCAGAGUUUCGUGAAAUGGAAGAGAACACAGAUUGCUACGAGCCGCGGAUAUUUCUCAAAGAUGAAAGGGUGAUUGCUCUAGAAAUGUGCGGCAAGGUCAAAGAAUUGAUUGGCUAUGCAAGGGGAUGCUAUGCAGAGGAGUUAAAAAGAUCACUUGAGAAACAGAAGCUGAGGAAUGAAGAGGUGGGUUUGGUUACAAGGGACUUGUUCUUACUAGAGAACCAACUCCCUUUUCAGGGUAAGCUUAAAGAUUUCUUGGAACGCAUUCGUGCACUACCCCUUCAAAGAGAGUCAUGUAGGGAAAAGAUAUCCAAAUAUUUUUUCAAAUUGUCAAGAGUAUUAAGUUUCAAAUCCCCAAGGUCCGAUGAUAUUUCGUACAAUGAUGCUAAUCAUCUUCUCGAGCUUUUUUAUAACAAGUUCAUCAUGAUCAAUCCUAAGACAAGCCAUGAUCAAAGAGGGAUAAAAUGGUACCGGGGGACAAGCUUGGAUCGGUAUCAUUCCGUCAAGGAGCUGAAGAAUGUCGGAAUCCAUUUUAAACCAAGCAACGCCAGCAUUCUCACUGAUGUCAAGUUCAAACAAACUUUUUUCGGGGGAGGCCUCCACGUUCCUCCACUAAGCAUAGAAGACUCAACCAAGCCCUUGCUUUUGAACUUGGCAGCCUAUGAAGCAUGCAGUGGUGAGUCUUCUGGUCUGCUCACUUCUUCUAUUUGCUUUAUGCGUUCACUCAUUGAUCAACCUGAAGAUGUGAAGGAGCUGCGAUCACAGGGGAUACUCCGCACUACUAUUGGAAGUGGCGAUGAGAUAGCGAAACUCUUCAAAGAGAUGACGACCAAUCUGGUGCCCCAUCCCUCUUCUUUUAUCGAUGUUAAAACAGCUAUUGAAUCCCAUUUUAGGAACACUCUGAAGCGAUGGAUCAUUUAUUAUAGGGCUCCUAUUUCCACCGCAGUGGUGAAGUACUCUUUUAUUUUUGGCUUUGCAGCAAGUGCCAUACAGGCCUACCUAGCAGAAACACAUAAGAAAUCAGGUUCUGGCAUCUGCAGCUGCCCAAAUGCCACCCAAAUACACCCUUGA